GGUCAUGGUUGCUAAUAUACUUAUUGUGUACGAAUGGUUCCUGGCUUUGUGAUGUAUACGAUGACACUCUGUGUCCUUUCACUCGUUUUGAUUUUUGCACUUAUUUGCAACAUAGACGCACAUGUGAGAUUUGUCUGUCCUAAACCAGCCACAAGUAAAUCGGAUGUAGAAUUCAACAGAGCGUUCCCCAUAACCGAUACGAGCAGCGACGGUUCUGUAGCAGACGACGCAACCAGAGCCGCUGCUGCUGUUUUUGAUGAUUCGUUAUCUGUUUCGGGCGAGGACCUGUGUGGUGUUUCAGGAGGACUGGACAAUGCUCCGGUCACUGAUGUAAGGCCAGGGAUGCUGACAGUGCAGUUUGAGGAGACCAAGUUCCUCACAGAUGCCCCUUUCCGGUUGGCUCUCCUCCAGAGAAGUUCUGUCACGGAGCAGCACGACAAUGACACGGAUGUCCUCUCGACGUGGCAGAGUUGUUUACUUCUGGACCACAUUCCUCACAACGCCCACGCUGUCGUCUCGCAGAAGUGUGCGGAAAAUGCCAACUCUGAGCUGGCUGGGACAUGCACCGAGAGCAGCUACCACCUGACCAUCAAAGUCCCCGACGUGGAUUGUGAGGACUGUAUACUGCUGCUACAACAAGUCAGAGUUCCGACAGGUGGCCAGGUUUGUGAGUUGAACGCCCAGCACAACAACAGCCUCCAGUGCUCGGUGUACCACAGCUGUGCCAGGGUCAGCCUCAGGGCCACGGCUUUUGGACAGGGUCGUGACCUGAGCUAUUGCUCUAACUACCUCGACAAUCUACCCGGCGACUGGCCCUACAGACCGCAAGAUAUCUAUAAGACAGAGGACGGAGCCACUCUGCGGAUGGACCUGGUCCACACCACCCUACACCUACACGUACCACAAGAUUCCAAACUCGGCCAGCUAGAGCGUGUGGAAGUGCGAGACAACAGCACAGUUCUCUGGAACAGCACAGUGGACUCUGGUCAGCGGGCUCCGGAUGCUGUGUCAGUCACAUGGACGGGUCUGACCGGCGCACAGAUGGAUGCACUCAGAGGGGGUCAGCUGAUUCUGAAUGUGGUCGGAGCUAAGGAGUCGCAAGCUGCUGAUAUUCUCUUCUCAAAGCAGCACUUCCCCACGGGGUCCAUGAGCUCCCUCCAUGACUGGUACACUUUGGGAGGCUGGCUGCACGCCCCAGUGCUGAGGGGAGUCACUGACGACCACCCGGAGCUGGCCACGACGGUGGACGACCCCGUGGUGGUGGCGCCGGUCGGGCCGUGUGGGACGUCGGCCAGGUUCUUUAUGGCCAUCCUGGAGUCUGUGCACAUGACGGCCCACGGCAUUGUGGGUCUGAGCAUCCAGGGGACGCGGGCCUAUAUCUCAGCCGUGCUUCAUGUGGAGAGGGAGAUUGUCAAGUCUUUGGUCUUCAAAGGCCCGGAUCUAGUUGACAUCCCUGACCUGGUUCUUGAAGUCCCGGACAACUUUGACGGCACGCUGCAGGUGGUGAGGGAUAUCUCGGAGCAACUACCAUUUCUGGACUCUGUGGGUUUCCUCAAGUCUGUUGAGGUGAACAGCGACAGAGAGCACGCCGUUCUGGAGGGAGAUCUGGAGGAAGGCUUGUUUACAGAGCUGCGAGAUGAGAGUGGUAAAGUCGGUGGUCUCGGAGCGUUCCAACACACUCAGGGAAAGUGGCUGCGCGCUCAGCUGGUGGUGGUAGACUCGGCCCCACAGAUCCAACUGGCCCAGAUGGUGGGCCCUCAGGGUGUGCUGUUGGACUUCUCGCGGGACACCGUGCACUGUUCCGCCACCGCCUGCUGUAUAGACACCUAUGUACAGGAACUGACCAGUGACAUGCUGCUCUACCAGUCUGUGGGAUGGAUUCACUUCCUGCUCUCCACUCAGGCGUCCAACAUGACUGGUCUGAUCAUUAAGGAGGCAGGAUUCUGA